AUGGUAGGAGAAUGUAUGAUUUUCUCAAUUAUGGAAUGGCUUGAAGAAAACAUUGCUAGAAUAAUUAAAGAUCCUGGUCAAUUGGUUACUGGAUCUAUAUCAAGGAAACCAUUACAAUCUAAGAAUACAAACACUCUGACAACCAUCUCCAAAGCCGGCUCAUCCAGAAGAACCAACACACUCUCAAAGCGAGAAAUCGACGAAAUCAAAUCUCUGCACAUUAAGAGGGCGUCCAGUUCAGAACUACAAAGCUCAAUCAAAAAACGAUCCAAGUUACCCGCCUGGGAAAAGCAACAAGAGUUAGUUUCAAUUAUAAACUCCAAUAAAGUCACUCUUAUAACUGGUGAAACUGGGUCUGGUAAAUCCACUCAAUGUGUUCAAUUCAUACUUGAUCAUCUUAAUUCCCAAGAAGACUUUCAGACCAACAUUGUAUGUACCCAACCUAGACGUAUUUCCACAAUUGGAUUAGCCGAAAGGGUAUCUGAAGAAAGAGUGGAUAGAUUAGGGAAUGAGACAGGAUAUAUUAUUCGUGGGGAGAAUAAGACGAAUUCCAAAACCAGAAUUUCAUUUGUGACUACUGGGGUUUUGUUGCGUAUGUUACAAUCAUUCUUAGCGUCAGGUGCAGACAACAGUAGUACCAACAAAUCAACUGUGUUUGAUAACCUUGGGUAUAUUUUCAUUGAUGAAGUUCAUGAACGUUCCGUAGAUGGUGAUUUCUUGUUGAUUAUCUUGAAGAAAAUAUCGAGCAGUUUUAAGAAUUUAAAGAUUGUUUUGAUGUCGGCUACUAUUGAUCCAGAAAAGUUUAUGAACUUUUUUAAUAGUCCUUUGAAACAUGUACAUAUUGAAGGGAGAACCUUUCCAAUUAAGGAUUAUUAUUUGGAUGAUAUUUUACAAGAGCUUGAUUAUUCCUUUGAGACCUACGAUGGCGAAAUUGUAAAACCUCUGGCGGAUUCUCAUUUUUUCAAAUCAGGAAGUUUAAAUUAUGAUUUAAUAGCAAGGUUAGCUUUACAUAUUGAUGAAAAGUUAAACAAAGAAAACAACACUGGAUCCAUAUUGAUUUUCUUGCCUGGUAUAAUGGAAAUCAAUCAAUGUCUAAGAACCAUAAACAAACUAUUUGACCAAGAAGGCAAGCAAGUCAUGUCGUUACCAUUACAUUCAGCUUUAACAUCCAACGAGCAAAGAAGAGUCUUUAAAUUCCCACCUAAAAACACAAGAAAGAUAGUAAUUUCUACCAAUGUCGCCGAAACUUCUAUUACCAUUCCCGAUUGUGUUGUGGUUAUAGAUACAGGAAGAUCAAAAACUAUGUUCUUUGAUACGAAAUUAAACACCACUAAAUUGAUUGAAAAUUGGUGUUCUCAGGCUGAAAUUGGCCAGAGAAGAGGUAGAUCUGGUCGUAUUACCAAUGGGAAUUGUUAUCAUUUAUAUACUAAGGAAACAGUGGAAUCAAUGCUAUUGCAACCAAUUCCGGAGAUUAAGCGUACUCGAUUAGAAAACUUAUAUUUGAUCGUUAAAGCCAUGGGUAUUAAUAAAGUUGAAGAAUUCUUAAAUAGUGGAUUAGACGCUCCUGAUCAGUCUUCAUUGGUGAAAUCAAAGAAGUUUUUACAUGAUUUGGGAGCAUUAAUUGAUGAUUCAUUAUCUAGUUUGGGGAAAUAUUUGUCAUAUUUGCCAACUGAUCCUCAGAGUGGGAAAUUGUUGAUUUUGGGAUGUAUUUUUGGGUGUUUAGAUAUUUGUUUGACUCUUGCUGCUAUAAGUUCUACAGGUAGUCCAUUUAUUAAUAGUUUUGACGAAAGAGAUAAGAUCAAGCAGGUGCAAAGAACAUUUGCUGAAUCAAAUGGUGAUUUUAUUGGAAUGGCAAAUGCAUUCACAACAUACCAGGAGAUGAAAGAUAAUGGAGCCAAUACCAAGAAGUUCUUAUCUUCCAAUUAUUUAUCAUAUACUACCAUGAAUGAAAUUUCGUCCACUAGAUCUCAAUAUGUUUCAUUACUUAUGGAUUUAGGGUUUGUUCCAUUGCAUUACAAGAGAAGUGGAGAACAAUAUCAACAAUUGAAUAGAAAUUGCAAAAAUUAUCCAAUGAUAAGAUCAAUUAUAACCGGUGCAUUCUAUCCACAAGUUGCUAGAGUCCAAUUCCCUGAUCCCAAGUUUUUUAAAUCGGCACAAGGUUCAGUCGCGAUUGACCCGGAUGCCAAAAAGAUUAGAUUUUGGGUUAGAAAUGAACAAUAUAUUGAACAGUUACAAUCCGAGAAGAUGACAGAAAAUGAACAAUUGCCGGCAUCGAGAGUUUUCAUUCAUCCAUCAUCAGUUAUUUUUAAUGACAGUAACUCUGAUUUCACAGUUGAUGAAGAAUUCUUAUCCAAGAUAUCCAAUGAAGAUGGAAGUAUUGAUUAUCAACAAGCGAGAGAAUUAAUGAACUUGAAGCCACAGGCACCAAAAUCAUCAGCAUCGGCCCAAACGCUCAGAUCGUCGUUCGUAGUAUUCAGAUCAUCCCACCACACAUCGAAAUUGUACGUUCGUGAUAUUACUCCAACUUCAACGUUUGCUACUUUGUUGUUUGGAGGAGAUAUUAAUUACAACUUAACAGUUGAUAUUAUGAGAGGACAGACAUCUCCAGGUAUUGUAUUAGACAGUUGGUUACCAAUAAGAACUUGGUGUAAGAAUGGGGUGUUAAUUAAGAGAUUAAGAAAGUUACUAGAUGGUUUGAUCGAGGAUAAAUUAUCCAAUCCUCAUUACAUCGACACAGAAGAUUUGGGUGCAAAUAUUGAUGAAGAUAUUUUUCAAAUUGUAGAGAAAGUCGUGUGCUUGUGA